AAAACCGGUUUUUGUCCGGGCGACAAGUUGGUAUAUCCUCACGGGACACGUUCUGUAUAAGAAUCUUAAUUAUAAAUCUAUAUAUAAUAAUAUAAUUUAUAAUAUAUAAUAUACUACAAUUUGAUAGGUACUAUAAAAUGAUUAUGAAUUAAGAUAAUAUUUCAAUUCUCAAGAAUAAUUUCAAGAAAGAAUAUUGUAUGACUUUCAGCGUCAUCAUUAAGCAUACAGCCUAUAUAGGUACUGCCUAUAGAUAUUAAAAAUGAGAUAAAUUGUAAAAGUUACUUUUAUAAUAUUACAAAAAUAUACUCAGAAGUUGAGAAGUGUUUAUGUCAUAGUUAAAGUUUAUUUACAUUUAAAUAGUUACAUUGAAGAAUUAACGCUAAAACUGUUAAGUGCAAUAUUUCAAAUAGUACUAUUAUAGAACUACAAUAUUCAGUUAUCAGCUAUUUGCAAUUCAAUAAAAAAUAUAAUUUUGUCAAUUUAGUUAAAGCAUUAUAUAAAUGACAAAAUAAACCCAAGUUGGAUUUUGAUGUAAAACCAAUUGAUACAAUAGGUAACAGUGCAGUGUCCUAUAAUGGAAAAGGAAUUAUCUAAUGUCCCAAACAUAGAGAAUGAUGACAGAGAGCAUUACAAAUUGAUUAGAGUCCAACCUGAAACAACAAAUAAGAAGUUUAAACUGAUCAUAGUGGGUCAUUCAAAUGUUGGGAAAACUACUAUAAUUAAUCAUUUCUGCAGUGGUGUAUACCAAGAUACUAUACCAACCACAGGUAUUGACUUUCAAGAAAUAUUUGUCAAAUUUGGAAACGAAACCAUCCACUUAAAUAUUGGGGUUACAGAUGGGACAGAAAAGCAACAAUCUUUAGCUCAUUCAUACUAUAGUGGAGCUCAUGGUGUAUUUAUUGUCUAUGAUAUUACAGAUUUAAAUUCUUCAUUUAAACUAGAUGGUUGGAUAAAGGAUGUUGAAAAUUUUUCUGAUACAGAUGCAGUGAAAAUUUUGAUUGGUAAUAAAUGUGACGAUAUAAUAAACAGAGAAAUUUCAAUCGAAGAAGGGCGGGAAAUAGCAGAAGUUUAUGGAAUUCCAUUUUUUGAAGUGUCUUCCAAAAACAAUGUAAACAUAGACAAAUUACUCUAUACAAUGAUCUCUGACUGUAUUAAAAAAGAGCACUUCAAAUUGAUAAGAGUAAACCCUGAAACGGCUGAAACAACAAAUAAGAAGUAUAAACUGAUCAUUGUUGGUCACACAAAUGUUGGGAAAAGUACUAUAUUUCAUCGUCUCUGCAAAGGCGUAUAUAAAGAUGCUAUAAAAUCUACUAUAGGUAUUGACUUUAAAGAAAUAUAUGUCAGAUUUGAGAACGAAACCAUCACCUUAAAUAUUUGGGACACAGCUGGGUUAGAACAGUAUCGCUCUUUAGCUCAACAAUACUAUAGAGGAGCCCAUGGUAUUUUUAUUGUCUAUGAUAUUACAGAUUUAAAUUCUUCAUUUAAACUAGAUAGUUGGAUAAAGGAUGUUGAAAAUUAUUCUGAUUUAAAUGCAGUGAAAAUUUUGAUUGGUAGUAAAUGUGACGAUAAAUUAAACAGAGCAAUCUCAAUCAAAGAAGGACAGAAAAUAGCAGAACAGUUAAGAAUUCCAUUUUUUGAAGUGUCUUCCAAAACCAAUGUGAAUAUAGAAAAAUUAUUUUAUACAAUGAUUUCAAAAAUACAUACACCGGAUCAAACAACAAAUGAAGACUUGAUAAAAUUGGUGAAGAGUAACAGCCCCUCACCUCCAAUAGAAUCUCCUGGAGGUUGUAGUUGUUAAUCAGAUAUUCAGAGUAGCUUUAAGAAUUAUAAUCUUCUUGUUUUUGUUAAUCUAAAGAAUUAUUUAUCUUGUUCGGAAAUAAGAUCUUAACAAACAUUAAUAUAUUCAUGCUUUGAUUUGUUUUAUAUCUAUCAAGAAUCUACAGCAUACUCAAAUAGUUAACCAUGUACCUAUUCUACUUAUAUCCAGAUACCCAAAUUAGUUAAACUCAUUCUACUUAAUUUAUAUUGUAUAUUGCGAUGAGUUAAUAAAAGUAAAAAACAUAACAAAUAGUUUAAU